GUAUAUCAAUGUGUUUCAGAUGGUGCACAACUUGUCCUAAUCCGUCUUGCAUUUUUUGACGCGAGCUCCAUCAGACGCUGUAAUUACGUUGUAAUUUUUUUUUGGAUUGGUUCAAAGUGCCUGACGCUGGUGUUUAUCAUGUCCCUGUGAUCUAGAAUCCAUUCCAAUGAUCAACUGAACCUUUCAGCCAAAAUCCACAAUCAAUUCUCUGCAGAUCUGAUUAUUAAUUAUCUGGUUAUUGGAAGAAAGUGUAAGAUGUGUAACAAACUACUUAUCUCCACAUGUUUGUCAUAGGAUGAAGAAGUUGAUCAUCGAUGUGGACACAGGGGUGGAUGAUGCUCAGGCCAUCAUGAUGGCCCUCGCGGCCCCUGACGUGAAGAUCCUAGGUAUCACCUGCUGCCAUGGCAACACGCCCCUGCAGAACGUGCUCAAGAACACACUGCGCGUCCUGAAAGUCUGCGACAAGCUGGAUAUCCCGGUGUAUCGCGGCUGUGGAGAGCCCGUGCUGGCCCCUAGAAGAAACGCUGGAGAUUACCACGGGAAGGACGGGCUGGGCGACGCCCCAGAUCCGGAUGCUCCGGGCCUGGAUCUGCUACACGGUCGGAAUGCUGUGAAGGCCAUGAUCAAGAUGGUGAAAGAGAACCCUGGAGAGGUGACCCUGGUGGCCACAGGCCCCCUCACUAACCUGGCGGUAGCAGUACAACUGGCGCCCAACUUUCAUGAGAAGCUGAAGGCCCUCUACAUCAUGGGAGGAAACACUGACUCAAGGGGCAACACCACUGCGUGCGGAGAGUUCAACUUUGUGGCCGAUACUGAGGCCGCCUACAUCGUGCUGGAUCGCUACACCUGCCCCACCUACAUCGCCACCUGGGAGUUCAGCUGCAGGAGCAGUCUGCCGUGGUCUUUCUGUGACGAGUGGUUGGCCCAAGACACGAAGAAGGCCGCCUUCAUGAAAAAGAUUUCCAAGCUUUCGAUGGACAAAGCUCGGUCGGCCGACUAUCAAAAGGAGAUCACAGCAGGAAAAGGCUUCAACUCCUGCGACACCUACGCCAUGGCUGCAGCCCUCGACGACACAAUCAUAACAGACAGCGAGAAGGUGGCAGUGACAGUUGAGGUGGUGGGGACCCAGACCCGGGGCAUGAUGGUGCUGGACUACAUGGAGUUGCUGAAGAAGAAACACAAGGUCACCAUCAUUAAGAAGAUCGACCUGGAGAAGUUCAAGAAAAUGCUCAUAGAUUCUCUCAAGUAGGAAGAUGCUGUAACAAGUGAAUCGGAAUGGUCCAAAUAAAUAAAAUGGCUCUUCUCGUAAAAAUA